GUUUUCCUCUGAGGUGCACUGUGCGUCCGGAGAAAGAUGGACCUGAAACCUCACUGGGUUUACGCUUCAGUUUGAGCAUCUUUUUAAAAAUCACUUUAGUUAUCUUCUUCUUCUUCAUCAUCAUCAUCAUCAGAGAGGAAUAUGGGCUGCUGCUCUGCUCGCUGCACGCUGAUCCUGCUCUGCUGUCUGCAGCUGGUCUCGGCUGUGGAGCGCCAGCUGUUUGACUUCCUGGGUUUCCAAUGGGCUUCAAUCCUGAUCAACUUCCUGCAGAUACUGGUCGUAGUCCUGGGACUUUUUGGAGCUGUUCAGUACAAAAAACGCCUCAUCAUCAUGUACUUGCUGUGGCUGCUGCUGUGGGGGGGCUGGAAUGUGUUCGUCAGCUGUUUGUACCUGGAGGUUGGCGGGCUCUCCGUGGAAAGUGACGUCCUCUCUCUGGGAGUUUCCUCUCAUCGAUCCUGGUGGAAGGACCACGGGCCGGGCUGUGAGGGGGGGGAUCCUCCCUCCGCUGGGUGGCAGAAAACCCCAAAUAACCAUCAGAACCAUCAGAACCAUCAGAACCAUCAGGACCAGCAGAACCACCUGGAGCUGGGCUGCUGGCUGCGGCACCAGAACAUCGAGGUUCUGCACUGCGUCCUGCAGCUCGUCCUCGCUCUCCCAGGAUUUGUUUAUGCGUGCUACGUCGCCAGCACUUUCUCAGACCAGGAGGACAACUUCAAUUUUAUUGGUGAUUUUCACCAUCCAUCCAAACCCUCUCAGCUGUUCUUCUAGUGUAAAAACCUGCAGAUUAUAAAUAACCUCAUGAGUAAACGGGGCGAGGAAACCGUGGAGACGACGUUGGAGACUUUCAUCGAGAGAUUUCGUCGGCCUGGUCGUGAAGAAGAGGAUUUUACGUAAUUUAAGAAGCAGUUCAUGAUGUGUUUUUAUCUCAGGCUUCAAAUCUAAUUUUAAAUCUACCUCGUGUGUGUGUGUGUGUGUGUGUGUGUGUGUGUGUGUGUGUGUGUGUGUGUGUGUGUGUGUGUGUGUGUGUGUGUGUGUGUGUGUGUGUGUGUGUGUGUGUGUGUGAUUUGAUUUGAUUUGAUUUGAUAAUGUAAAUAAGUGGCAGUGUCUUUAUAAUGUUUUUUAAAAUGUGUAUAAAUUAUUAAUAAUGUGUAAUGUUAAUUAGAAAAUGUGCCCACUUCAACUUGUGUUGUGUUAAAUACUGUCAUUAAAUUCAGUGAAAUAACACACACACACACACACACACACACACACACACACACACACACACACACACACACACACACACACACAGAUGUAUGGUACAGUUUAUUAUUAAACAUUUAUAAGAACAGGAAAAGCUGUUUUGUUUCUCUUCUGUUCUGUUGCGCUCUAAACCAGUUUCCCUUCAGGUGUAUAUGUAUUUAAUGAUUUGUAAUGAUGUGAAUAUAAUAGAAAAGGAGAUCUAGAAUAAAUAAACCAAUUAAAAUAAAUAAAUAAAACAAUAAUAAAUACAAGCAGACAUGUACUCAACAGGAAGGUGUGUGGCGCAGUGAAUAGUGCGUUGGUGU